AUGCAUACUACUAUGAGCUCGCAGCAAAGUCCAGCCAACAUGCAAAAUGUUGUGGACAGAGAAAAGAUUUAUUCCUGGAUAUUAGAACUUUGCAAUCCCGAAACUCGGGAAAAUGCACUCUUGGAACUUAGUAAAAAGAGGGAAGUUGUACCAGAUUUGGCACCUAUGCUAUGGCAUAGUUUUGGCACCAUAGCAGCUCUGUUACAAGAAAUAACGAACAUUUAUGUGGCUAUGAUUCCUGCAACUCUGACAGCACAUCAAAGCAAUCGAGUUUGUAAUGCAUUAGCUUUAAUGCAAUGUGUUGCAUCUCAUCCAGAGACAAGGUCAGCUUUUUUACAAGCUCAUGUUCCUCUCUUUCUCUAUCCUUUUCUGCAUACAGUUUCCAAAACUCGCCCUUUUGAAUAUCUCCGCCUUACCAGUCUUGGAGUAAUAGGAGCAUUAGUCAAAACAGAUGAACAAGAAGUUAUAACAUUCCUAUUAACAACUGAAAUUAUUCCUUUGUGCUUACGUAUUAUGGAAAAUGGAUCAGAAUUAUCAAAGACAGUAGCUACAUUCAUCCUACAAAAGAUUCUAUUAGAUGAUAGUGGCCUGUGUUACAUAUGCCAAACAUAUGAUAGAUUUUCCCAUGUAGCUAUGAUAUUAGGAAAAAUGGUAUUAUCUCUAGCUAAAGAUCCAUCUGCAAGGCUUCUAAAACAUGUUGUCAGAUGUUACUUACGCUUGUCAGAUAAUCCUAGAGCUAGGGAAGCUUUGAGACAAUGUCUUCCAGAUCAAUUGCGUGAUGCAACAUUUACCGCUUGUUUACAAGAAGAUAAUUCUACUAAGCAUUGGCUUGCACAAUUAAUCAAGAAUUUAGAAGCUCAACCAGCACCGGCAAGUCCUGCUCAAGCAAACAUGUGA